CGUAAAUGCGACGCCAAACCUUCCAUAGUGCCCACCUUAGGAUGCGCCGCUAAAAAGUAGGUACUGUGUCCACACGGUUUCAUAUGUACAUAUGUACAUACCUCAUAGAUGGCACUAGCCACAUACACCCCGCGCUUCUUUUUGCUCUGCUGCCCCGCCAUCAUCUAAAAGUUCCAUCAUCCCAAAACUUCCACACCUAUUGCAUCAAAAGAAUGAUCCUACACUUGAUCAUUUACAGGACGUCUCAUACAUAAUGUCGCCCUCCACCUCUUCUCCAGCACUCACCGGCGACAACACCCCGGUAAAGAACCGAUCGACUUAUCUAAAAGCAACAUACACCAACUCAAAUUCCUCCAACCCUUCGAUAUCGUCAGCCGAAGCCUUUGCGCUCUCGAUACCCCUCUCCCUUCCCGAAUCUACGUCCACAACACAUAAAACAUCAUACCUACGCACCCUGCGUGAAGCAGUGUCCUCUCUACAAGACGAUGUGAACAGCGAGUUGACAGCGCGUAUGGAAAAAGAGGCUCACGAAGCGGCUGUCGUGGGGGAUGGCAAAAAGGGUGGGAAGAGCAUUACGGCUGCUGGUGUCGACGAGGCGGCCGAGGAGGAGAAUUAUGGGGAGGAGGUAGUGGAAGAUGAUGAGGAAUGACGGAUGGAUGCUCGACGUGGGACAUUGGCUUCGGGCUACUCUUCCAUGCUUCUCUAAGCCAAUAACGCAGCAAGAAAACGUCGUCAAUUUAACUGUGGUCUAGACACGAGGGGUAUUACCUACUUAAUCGUCGCUGCUCUCUAGAAGUAUGCAGCGAUACCCGUUGGAAUGCUUUCA